AUUAUUGUUGACUUGGGGUCUUGUUGAGUUAUUGAGUGAUUUUGUUAUGUUUUCGUUUUACUUUGUGAAAUAACAAUUAUGUUGUGAAGUUUAAAUGCAUACGUAUUAUUUACUUCUUCCUACACGUCCGUAUAAACCUGCUAAAAUCGAAACCCUUAGAAUACUAAUAUGGCGGAAGGAUCUGAUAUAAUAAUUCUUCAUAAGAUUUUAAUUACCGCUUUUGUUAUAACUUUCGUGUACAAUUAUUACACUGAAUAUGGGAUUACAAUAAUAGAGAUUGAAAAUCCUACAUUUAGUCUUCUGGGACCGUUCAACACAACACAAAUUGUUGCGGACGAUAACUAUAAUCAAUUGAUAGAUAUUGACCAGUUUACCUUUAAGAUAAACCCUCAGCCGUGCGAAAACUACUCAGCUGGGUUCUUGCUAAUGAUAAUUGUAACUUCAAAUCCAAGUAAUUAUGAAAACCGUGAGGUUAUACGUAAUACCUGGGGUAAAAAUCAAGACUCCACAAAAGUAGUGUUCCUGGUUGGGGAAUCUGAGAAUAUUAAUAUUACAAAUCAAAUAACCAAUGAAAGUAAAUCAUUUGGGGAUAUAGUACAAGGUAGUUUCAUUGAUGCAUAUAGAAAUAUGACUUAUAAACAUGUUAUGGGUCUUAAAUGGAUAGUUCACCAUUGUCCGAAAGCUAAAUACAUUUUGAAGGCUGAUGAUGAUAUCCUGGUGAAUUUGCCUCAAAUGCUGCGAUUUCUGAGUAGGGAAUUGUCUCCGUGGGGCGCUAAGGAUCUAAUUGCUUGUCGUGUGCGUGAACAUACCAAAGCUUUGAGAUACAAAUCUAAAUGGCAGGUGACUGAGAAGGAAUAUGCACCUGAAUAUUAUCCAACCUAUUGUCCUGGUUGGGCUAUCAUAUACUCACAAGACGUAGUCCCUCGAUUGCUAAAAGUAGCCCAAGACCUACCGUACUUCUGGAUUGACGAUGUCCACAUAACGGGAGUUAUCGCCGAAAAAAUUGAUGUACCUCGCACACAACUCGCCAGUUUUAUUUUAUCUACUAUUAGUAUCCAAACGCUUAAAGCCUUAGGACCUAAAUAUAUCCAGCAAUUUAUGUUUAGUCCCCCAGAUAUGAGUUUAAAUCAAAUAACGGAUAUUUGGAAGUUGAUCUCGGAAUAUAAGUAUUAAUUUUAUACUUAAAAGUUAAAGUUUAUAACAUUUCCAAAGGUUUAAGAUCCGUUAUUAUAAUAAAUAUCGUGACACAUACGAAAUGAACUAAAAAUCGCGGGUUACUUA